AUGACUUCGUACUAUGAGGCGUUCGAGGUCAGGGUGGAGACGGAUGAGCCCAAUGAUGAGGAGCAACUGUCGGAAGGGAGGUGGAAUAGGUCCAACCCUGGCAGUCAAUGGUCGUGGGGGUCUUGGUGGAGUUCAGGUCAAGAUCAACAACGUUGGGAAAAUUGGUCGUGGCAUGGUGACUCGUCGUGGAGGAGCUCUCGAAACUACGAUGGGGGUGAGAACUGGUCAUUUGACUGGUCCUCUGAGCAGGGUAGUGAGAGGUCUGUGGGAGACGGCGGAGCACGAGACCGAGGAGACCGAAGUUCUCAAGGGCAUGGAGGUCGAGAUCAUGGAGCACCGGGACAAGAACGAGGAGCUGGAUCCUGGGACAGCUUGAUGUCCCCGAGGUCACCGCCUGCUGCGGGCUUUGACCGUGAUGGAAACCCACCAAGUGGAGAAGUUUCUUCGGUAGGAGAACGACGAGAACCUCGUGGUCCAGGCGAUCGAGAAGAACGUGGAGGAUCACACAAAGGAAAGGUCAGCAGCUCUUACCCUCCCAUCUUCAGAGCGAAGGUGGGAGAAUCCUACCGGGAUUGGAGGCGGUCCUUGGAGUUUUGGCUUGGAGGAGAGGGUCAUCAGAUUCCAGAAGAAUACAUUGGGCCGAGGAUAAUGGUCCAACUCCGAGACCGAGCUGCCCAGUUGGUGAAGCACUUGAACAACAGCGAUGUGAACAAGGCUGGAGGUAUGCAGAAGAUCUUCGACGUCUUGGAGAAGAGCCCGUUGGUGAAGCAGUUGGACAAGCACAGAGUGGAUCAGCACCGCAAACGACUCAUGUCUUUGAGCCGUUUUGCGGGUGAGUCCUUGGAGAGCUACAUCACCAGAGGAAACAUCUACAGGACGCAAUUGCUGGGCUUGGACUCGACGCUUGAGAUGGGGGAGCGUUUCUACGUGGGGCAUCUUUUGGAUCAUGCACGUUUGACUCGACGAGACAAAGUGCUCGUGAGAACACGAGCGGGUGAAGAGACGGAGGAGUCCAUCACCAACGCUAUGAUCGAGUUAGCGGCAGAACUGGAGGGUGAAAGUGGCUUCCCAAUAGGUGCAUCGGAGCCGAACACGGCAGGUGCAAAUGGAGAGGAGUGGCUUCUUCAACGUCCUGGCGGAGCGCAACAAGCCGUUGGAGGUCGACGAGGCGGACGAGCAGCAUUGGCCGCGGAGAAUGUCGAGGACGAGACAGAGGAGACUGAGUUUGAGGACGAGCCGGACGAGGUGGGUGCAGAGUCCAUUGAUGGAGACUAUCCACCGGAGCUGCGAGAUGCGGAGAAGGAGGCCUACGCCAUGCACUACAAGGCGAAGCAGCGAAUGGCAGAGGUGAAGAAGCUGAGACAAUUCUACCGCAAGGGCGACCAGGUGGAGGAACGGAAGAAGGCCCUCGCAGAGAAGAUCCGGAAUACGGCAUGCCACAACUGCGGAGAAAUAGGGCAUUGGAGCCGAGAAUGCCCCAAACCGAAGCAGCAGCAGGUCCUCAUGGCAUCCCGCUCCAAGAAGAAGGGCAAUAGCGUUUCCUCGAGUGCUAUGAGCAGCAUUCCGGAGGAGCUUCCAGGGGAUCACGAAUGGGAUCUGCUGGUUUCCUUGUGUUCUGGCUACCAGAAGGGUAGCUCAACUGAAGACAAUGCCCGCCGUGCAUACAUGACGCUGCCGUGUACGCUGGAGAUGGGACGGGAUGGAGAUGAGUAUGAUGUGUUGUGGUGCAUGAAGGAGUUAGAGAAUGCAGUUAUUUUGGACAUAGGGUGUCUCAAGUCGGUCACGGGAACUCAAUGGGCGAAUCAGUUGAUUACCAAAUGGAAGAAGGAAAAGAGAUGGUUGAAGGUUUUUCCUGAAGAAGAAGUUUUUCGUUUUGGGAGUGGCGACACCUUGAAGAGUAAGUACAUGAUUCAGUUCCAGGCCACGUUUGCAGGAAGACCAGUGGUUCUUUGUUUUUCAGUGGUGAAGGGGGAAUGUCCACCGUUGUUGUCACGGCAUGCAUGCACACAGCUGGGGGUGAAUUUUGACUGUGAACAUCAUACAUUGUCUUCAAGAGCCUUGGGAGUGAAGAACUAUGGGUUGAGACAGACUACUAGUGGACACUACGUCAUGGACAUUGCUGAGACAGAUAACCAACCGUUGGAAGAAGUUCCUGAAGAUUUUAGGAUGGAGUUAGGCGUUGAGGCGAUGAAGUUGUUCACAACCACGGCGGCAUGUGCAGCGAAACCUUGUGUGUUACCAGAGAACCUUGGCUCAAGGAGCCCUACAAUUCGAAAAGGCGCCACUGCCCAUGUCCGCCGCGGGCAGCCAGCGGCAUUGCCGAGUAUGCGGCGAUCCAGAUCAUCGCACUCGGGAGUGUCCGACGAUUCAGUCAGACGAGGACAUCCCCGACCACGUCGCCAGAGCCCUAUCCAUGGAUGCCGAGAGCGAGAUGAGCGGCUUCCGCAAGGGCCAACGGGGGAGCGAUGUCUCGAUGCUAGAAGCUCUUCAGAAUACACAGACUCCCAAGCGCGCACCUCGGUCCAGGAAGAAGAUGGAGAGUCCGAACAGCGCGUGGGAGGAAGUGACGCCCUAUCAAGCCCAGGUGAUGAGCCACCGCAUCGAUACGCCACCGGCGACGGCAUCAGCGAUCGACCUCACCGAGGCGGAGAUGAAGAGGAUCGUCAAGAGUCGGGAGAAGAGGAACGUGACCCGGCAGAAGAAGGAGGAGACGAUGGCUCUGUCAGGCCUCAAGGCCGACUACCCUUCCCUUUCUCAUGCCUACAGUCUGGAGGUUCCCUUCAACAUAGUGGAGUGCCUGAGGUCGAGGAUGAUCACUUUCAUGUGGAAGAAGCUCUUUUGGCAGGCACGAGUCAAACAAGCGGUGGAGAUGUCAAUGCCGGGGGCCAGGUGGAAGAAGAAUCGACGGUGGCUGGCGGGUUUGCUGGGAAAGGAGAUCGGAAGCCUGUAUGGGCACUACGGGGCAAUGCGGCAGAGGCUGAGCUCUCCAGUGGGAGUGGAUCUGAUGUGAGACAACGCUGCACGGAGAUUGCGGAGAACGAGAUCAUGGCCGAGGAGGACGUGGUGACCAUCGACAACAUGCUGAAGGAGCACGGGGAGGCGAUCACGGACAUCUACUACGACCAGGAGGAGAACAACGUGAUCUACCAGGAGGACUUGCAGCGUUUCUAUCAGAGGCGUGCAGAGGAGCGAGAGGGCCACAUGACGAGGCCGGCAAGAGGACUCACUCAGAAGUUCAAGAAAGGCAUCAAGGAUGCCCUGGCUGUGAUGGAUAAGGUGAAGGAUGUAGCAAAAUGGACCAGCCGGAGGAUGGUCCUGGAGAUCUUCGCAGGAACAGCCAUGGUUACACAGGUGGCCGAAGAAAGCACACCUUGGGGAGCUUAUCAACCGAUUGACAUCAUCAUGGGCGAGGAAUGGGAUUUGUCGGUGGCAGCAAAUCGCAAACACGUGGUCAAUUUGGUGAGCUCCCUCAAGCCAGCGCUUGUGGUCAUCACUCCUCCGUGUGGACCUUGGUGCGCCUGGCAGCGACUAUGUCAGGACUUUGACGCCUUGGAUGAACUUCGGCGCAAGCAUUUGCCCUAUUGGCGCCUCACCCGAGACAUUUGGGAUUGCCAGACUCGAGAAGGACCCAGAGUCCCACAAGCUGUACAGAAAGACGACGCUUUGGAUGUCAAUGACGAGACCUUCGCCAAAGCCUUGGCCGAUGUGGCGCGUUGCAAUCAUGCACCGGAGAAGCACGAGCAGAUCAAAGGUCAGGUCAAGGUCGAAGGGAAAUGGCGGAAGCGCUCAGAAAUGGCAUCGGCUUGGACGGCAAAGCUGGCCAACCACGUGCUCAAGUCAGCGGAGGCGGCCAUCUACAAGGAGGAGACGGAAGAUGAGGACGUGCUCGUGAGUUUGCCGGUUGAUUCCCCGACGACACCGACCACGAGGGCAAUUGAGGAAGAGACAUCUGAUUGGGAAGACAUGGACCCGAAGUAUCGACGUUGGACGUUUCCAGUCGAAGCAGAAGGAGCAGUCCUGACCCCCGAGGAGGUGAUGAAGCGCCAGAUGAGACAGUUUGGAGCUACGGGAGAAGAAUAUGACUACAUCACUUUCGAGGGUCAGGCCAAAUUGCUUGUGAGAAGGGUGAGACGGGUGUUGGCGCAUCUACAUGUGACGUUGGGUCACAUCUCCAACGACAGGCUGCACCGCAUGCCCAGCUUGGCAGGGGCGAGUGGAGAUCUACUUGCAGGAGCACGCCGACUUCGCUGUCAAGUAUGCUGCAUGGUUAGGCCACCCACGAGCAAACCACAGGUGUCCUACCUCAAGCCGACCAACUUCAACCAGCAAGUGAGCGGCGACGUCUUCUUCGUUUGGGACAUCAACAACGUGAAGUAUGCGGUGGUACACUACAUUGACGAGCUCACGGACUAUCAUGUGGGAGCAGUUGGAUUGGAUCCUACUUCGGAUUGGGCGGCGGAGGCCUUGUGUAGAUGCUGGUACGAUGUAUUUGGCCCUCCUGAUGUGCUCAUUACGGAUGGUGGAUCAGAGUUCAAGGGUGCGGUGGAUCGAUUGAACGACCUGUUCGCAGUGCAGCACGACCUCAUCCCGGACCAGGCUAAGUGGCGAUUGGGUCAUGCAGAACGUCAUGGAGCUAUCGUGAAGAUUAUGCUCAUGAAGGUCAUCAUGGAGUUGCGCAUCGGGAACAUGGAAGACAUGAAGACCGCACUUACAUCCUGUAUGGCCGCCAAGAACAGGUUGACCAACAGUGCUGGAGUGGCGCCGAUUCAAGCGGUGACUGGGCGCAACACACCAUUGCCGAGCUCUCUCAUGGCGCAGAUCACGAGCGGAAAGGUGAAGUUUAAGGCCAAUGAAGACUUGUCCAAGGAUGAGGCAUUGAGGCGAGGCGAGAGGAUCCGAUCCGGCGCGAUCGAGGCCUAUCACUGGUUGGAUGCUCACGAAGGACUUCGAAGGGCUUUGGCAGCGAGGUCGAGACCGCCGAUGCUGGAGUUGAUCCGGGAAGGAGCGGUGGUCUAUGUGUACGACCCUCCAGUGAGCAGAAAAGGUCUGGCACGGCGAAUCCAGGACAACAUCUCCUGGGCAGGACCAGCUGUGGUGGUCUGUGUGGAAAGGGAUCAAGGCACGCCGAAGAAGGUCUGGGUUAGACUCCGGGCCAGAGUGAAAGCGUAUCCAUUGGAGAAGAUCAGACUGGCGACCGCGGAUGAGAUGUUGAGCGCCGAGUACAUUGUGGGGGCCCUCAAGGACGUGGAGCAGGAAAUAUCAGGUGGACGUCUACAAGUGGAAGAUUACAUUCCACCACAAGGUCCAGAAGAAGAUGCAGAAGCAGAAGCAGAAGCAAUGGAGGAUGAAGAGCCGCGUCAAGAACUUUCAGCCCAGGCAGACCGAAAGAGGGAACUGACCCACGACGUGCCUCAGGCUAUGAAGCCGGCGGAGACCGAACCUCACCUCAUGCCCUUUGAGAAGAAGCAGAGAUUGUUUGAGCAGCUGGCGAAGGAUUUGGGUGCGCCAACGGCAUUGGAGGAGGCAGCUGUGCGAGACAGGUUGGAGAAGGCCUAUGGCGAGCUCAAACAAGUGCGAAAAGGGUGGAAGAAAGAAAAGAAGGAGCAAGGGCGUGAGACAGCCAGAGGCGGUGAUGGCAGAGCUACAUCAUCAGCGGCUCCUCGAACUCCAGGAGCUUCUUCUGCCGCUCCCCGAACUCCAGGAGCUUCUACGAAGAGAACACCACCGGGGAAACGGGUGGGAGCAGUAGAACCUACGGAGCCAAUUCCUGUCUAUGGCGCCUGGCUAGAAACAGAGACCCAGGCGCUGGUUUGGGAAGAUGCGGGAGAAGUUGGAAGUGGAGGCUACAUCGACCAGAUCGUGGAGAUGUCGGAGAAGUACGCCGCUGCUGAGGUCCAUGCGGUUCUGGAGUCCAAGAUUGUCACGGGCAAGUUGAGGCUGGAGUAUCAAUGGAAGGAUUUGAAUCAGGAGUGGCGCAAGGCAUAUGAGCAGCCUUUGGUCAAGGCUGUGCAGGUCUACUUUGACCACGAGGCCAUUCAGGGUGUUCCGAAGGAUGCAGUGAUCGAGCCCCGCAAAAUCUUGAGCUCCCGCUUUGUCUUGACCAACAAGGGAGGAGAAGAUCUUCAGUCGGCAGAACUGAAGGCUCGAUGGAUUCUGGGUGGCCACAAGGAUAGCGAGGUUGGAAAAUAUCCAACGAUGGCGCCAACAGCCAGCCUUUUGGGACACAACAUCCUGAACAUGGUGGCCACUCAGAUGAGAUGGAUUGUGGAGUAUGAGGAUGUGUCGGCAGCAUUCUUGCAAGGGAAACCACUUCCGGAGGAUCGGGAGGUCUAUGUGAAGCUGCCGGCAGGAUAUCCAGAGUGCGUCACCGACCACAUCUUCAAGAUUGUCGGCGAGCCCUAUCGAGCAGACCUUCUACGUCUACGGAAGGGAGGUUUUGGCCUAUGUGAGAGUCCACGGCUUUGGUAUCUGGAAUAUAAGGCGACCUUGGAGGAGUUGACCCUGAAGGAGCUCAAGCUGAUACCAGGAAUGUUCGUGGCUUUCCACCCAUCAGGAGCACUGCGAGCCAUUGUCACCAUACAUGUGGACGAUACCAGGUAUGCUGGUGACAGCACAGCAAAGGAGCUGUGGGAUCAGCUGCAUCAGAAGCUUCGUUUUGGACAGCAUCGUCGAGCAGUGGAUGGGUGGCAGAAAUUUUGCGGGCGUUACGAGAAGCAAUGCCCGGAGACUUUUGAGUUCUUUUACACGAUGGCGGACUACGUGACCAACAUCCCGGACAUCACCAAGGAGGAGAUGGAUCCACGACGAGGUCCCUUGUCCGAGAACGAGCGGAAGAAGAUCGGCUCAAUUCUCGGGCAGAUCAAUUGGACAGCCCGACAAGGUCGAUAUGACCUAUCCUAUGGGGUCUCACACAGUCAGCAGCUUGCGGGAAAAGGGCGCCGUGAGGCGAUGGAAUGGGUCCACAAGCUGGUGGUGAGAGCCAAGAAGGAGGUGAUCGUGAAGGUUCCUCGCAUCGAAGGACGAUGGGAGGAUUGGAUCAUCGUUUCAGCCAGCGAUGCGGCCUACGCUGCCCAACCGAAUGGCCAUUCACAAGGAGGAGUAGUUUGUAUGGUGGGCCAUUCUGACAUUUUGUCAGGCAAUGGCGCAGUGGCCGUGCUCGAAGCUCAGAGCAUGAAGAUACAGAGGGUGGUAAGGUGCAGCAUGAGCGCUGAGCUGUCAAUGGCGGCCGAAGCCUUCGAACACGGGGACUUCAUCAGGGCGGUGCUCGCGGAGGUGUUCUAUGACAACUUCGAGCUCCGCCGAUGGAAAUGGUUCGCGAGUCGGUGGAAGCACUAUCUGGUCAUCGACGCCAAGACUGGAUACGAUGUGCUGUCUUCAGAGGCGAUGACCGCCGACAGGAAGAUCAUGAUCGAUGCAGCCGUCCUCCGAGAGGCCCUCACUGAGGAAGGGGCUAGCAACUUCGUGAGAUGGAUCCCGGGAAGAGAGAUGGUGAGUGAUGGACUUACCAAAUGGAAUGACAAUGGCGUGCUGCUGCGAGUGCUGACGAAGGGAGAAUGGAGCUUGGUGGACACGAAGAAGCAAGAGCCCUUCGUCGUGAAGCAGCACUACGGAAGGGCGUACUUCAGCCUUCAGGACAAUUGGUGCCUGAAAACCGAGCAGCUGAAGAUGGGCGGAAAGACAAAUGCCCAUAUUCUCCAGCAUGGCGGUGGAGGACGAUUGCUGGCGCUCCAAAAGGAAGCCAUCUGGGGAGCUGUAUGGGCACAGGUCUGUUUCUUCAACACCGUGCGUAGCGCUCUGGGCGGCGGCAGGAAAGAUGCGAUCCGCGUGCGCGCAGAGAGCGAAACCAAGAAGCCGCUGAUGAGCAAAGCCAAGCCCGCGCCGUCCUCCGCCCCUUCGCCUCAGGCAACAGCUCCGUCGGCACCGGAGAGUCCAGCGGCCAAAGAUCCAGCGCCGGCCCCCGAAGCCAAAAAACUGGAUGCUUUGGAGGAUUUGGAGGCCUCACGUGACAAGAUGUCGCUGGAGCUGAAGGACAUUGCAAAAGGAAUGGGGAUUUUGACUAACGUCACACGCAGCGAUCUGAAGCUCUUUGGUUUGAUCAAAGAGAAGGUCAAUGCCAAGGGCAAAGGUCCGGCAGAGCUGAAGGACUUAGAGCAGCGUUUGGUGCGCGCCGAGUUGGCGUUGAUGUUGGAAGAGCCCAGCCAGGAGAAAGCCAACUUCGAGCUGGUUGUCGCGGCAUCGCAGAAGGUGCAGGAACUUGAAGAGGCCAAAGAGCAGAUUGCGGAACUCGAGUCGUCCUUGGCCGAGUCGCAGGAACGCAACGAGCUCCUGCUGAAUGGCCUCAAGGAGAUUGGUGGCCUUGUUGGUGUGGGCGGCCUGGGGGGCAUCAUGACAUUCUUUAUGAAGGAUGAGGCUGUUGCGGGUGGGCAGAAGUUUACCAGGUCACAGCCAGGCGAUGACCGAGAACGUUUACGCGUCUUCGUAGCCGACCGAGAACCAAAGGUUAGCGUCUGCAGCGAGGCUCUACAGUUGCGCUGGCUGUCGGUGCAGAGAGGUGCAGCUUCGAAGCUUCCGAGCAGCGAGGCCUCCACCAGUGCCAGGACGUGGCCGGCAGCUUCCGUGAUGACCGAGCCGCUCUCUUCGAUAGGUCGUGCAUGCUUACCUGGCUAUGGCACCAGUCGCAAAGCCGUGGAAGCCGGGCACAAGUUGAAACGAGGACCAUCUUCACCUGAAGAACCGGAGAGCGGAGCAGAAGAGCUGACGCGUGCCGGUGACUUCAGUUGGCGCAUGGAGCAACAGAGGCUCCGUAGCGCGGACGGCGCAGCGCGCGUGUCGCACUUGGCGCAGCAGCGGCAGAAGGAGAAGCAGCAGCAGCGGGACGCCGCCAAGGCGCAGGCAGAUGCCACGUGGUUCGGCCGCGCGCCGCGCUUGCCGUUGGGCGUGGCCAAAGCGCAGUGGCCCGAGUUCCACGAUCUCAAUGACCAAGAGUUGAAGCUCAAAGUGGCUCAACGCAUGGUCUUUCCGGACACCCAGACGCAGGAGCAAUGCGCUGGUACCCUGUUGGUGGGCGGUGCCGCUGGCGCCACGUGGAGUUUCUACCCCUCGGGCAGGCUGAGUCUACGUGGUAAGCCUCGACGUGAUGUCAGUGGCUUUGCGGAUGUCUUUCGCCACGGUGUGGGAACACAUCCCUAUCAAAUCUAUGGGCUCUCCGGCAAGUUCCUUCACUUCUUUCUCCCCGAGAAUGACGCGGAGGGGCGACCGGAGUGGCUGGUGGGCAGCCGCUACGAGGUCAUUCGUCCCAUCGAGUUGAUCAAGAAAUCCCCAGGCUCGCGUGGAGAAGUGGUCAAGUUGAGCCCACAAAGUACCGCCCUGGUUCUGGCCGUACGACCGGUCGAGGAUGAGGGGCAGGAGGUGAUCAUGGGUUUUUUGGCCAAGAGCGAGAGCGACGGCAAAGGGGACAGGUCGUGGCCAUGCGGCUGGGCUCAGCUCUGGCGUCCCAACGAGGGACCCAAGCUGAGUCGACGAGCGAAAGGGGCAGGAUGGAGCUUGGGCGGCUGUUAUCGCGUCAAGGGACGGCCCGUCUUGAGACUCUACGCAGAUUUGGACACAGAACCUUUGUGUGAGCUCGAGGAAGGAGAGGAGGUGCUAUUGCUGGACCUCGCGCUGGCAAUGGCGAAAUCUGCCGAGCCGCGACUGAGGGGGAAGGUGCGCACAGAUCGCGGUGUGGUGGGCUGGUUGACCAUCGAGCUUCCGGGCGCCGCAGCGUUGCUUCACAACAUCAACAUGCACUGCAAGGAAGCCGUCCUUAGCAACGUUUCGCCGCUGCCGCUGCCCGUGGCCCUGGACUUCGCCACAGGCAACGCCCAGCAUCGCCGCACCACGCGCCGGGCGCCGGCGAUGCCCAGAGACGGCGCGGGCGCGGUGUAUCCCUGGGACGUAGGCGGCGUCUACCGAACCCUGGAGAAGCUGCAGUUCGAUGAGGGCCCAACGCUGCGCACGCUACGCGCUGGGAAGUUGGUAAAGGUCGAGGCCAUUCGACCUUUCGCUUCAAACACUGGAGUGGAUCAGCAGCAACUACGGCUGAAUUUGAAAGUGGAGUCCGGAACCCUUGCCGGGCGCAGCGGCUGGAUUAGCACCAGCAGUUGCAUUGCGGAGGCAGCUCUGGAUGUGAGGAAUCACUUGGAGUUUCAGCAAGUGACCGAAUCCCCUGCCCCUGCGGAUGAAUGGACUGCCGAUGAGGUUUUCACCGUUCGUUUGCAACGCACCGCACAAGUGACUGCUCUCGGGGUGCAACUCCGGGGCUUGGAGGUGGAUGUUGUUUUGGAAGAGGGAGCCUUGCCAAGAUGGAACAAGGCGGCCUCUCCGGAGCAGCGCGUGCAAAAGGGCGACCGCGUCCUGGCGGUGAAUGGCCUGCGCGACAGCACGGAGUCCAUGAUUUCAGAAAUGAAGGAGAAGGAGAUUCUGUACGUGCGACUACUGCGACGUGACGCAGGACUUCGGCGUGAUUUGUCUUUACGGCACCCUUCCAAGGCCGAAGUCCUCAAGCCCACGGAGCCCUCUGAGGAGCAGUGGAAGUCGGAACGCCCAGCGCUUGCGGCACCGGCGCAGCUCAUCGUGUCCAAGGCCUCGAAGGAAAGUACAAAGAUACACCUUGCGGAGGAUGCUGAACCGGAGUGGAAACUCUUUCACGAAGGGGCGGCACCAGAGGAGGCUGGGCACGGGCACUGCUGCAGAGACCAAUGUCGCUGUCGAGCUCCUUGCAAAGAGCAUUGCAACGAGGAGCUCGUCUUGUCAUGGCUCAGUUGCGGGGUGAAGCGCGGUGUCAGCGUUUCCAGAGGAUUGCUGGAGCCUGCUCCAGAGCCUCCAAAUGGUUGA